CUUUCUCUAGUCCCACCAGUAGGUUUUUUUUGCGAAUUGUUUUAUCUUGGGCUUAGCAGCUUAUUGCUUCCUAGAAUAGUGCUCACAUAAUCCGAGUAUUGCUGCUUUUUUCGUUCCCAAUUCCAUACUAGGAAAUAUCCUGCAUUGCUGAUGCUUUUUCAGCCGGUUAUUGUAUUGGUAACUCAUAUAUAUACUGCUUGUUGUUUCCUAUCUAUCUAUCUGUUUACUCAGAAAAUUCAUUCUCACUUUGAAAAUAGAAACAAGAAACAAACUAUCUAUCUCACUGUGGUAUAAUAGGGCCCGAAAUGUUGAAAUUACUUUCACUUGUUCCGAUAACUUUCCAUCUCUUCGAUUUUUCAAAUGCCUGGUCGCCAACUGAUUCAUAUGCUCCAGGAACUGUUCAAUGUCCCUCCUCAAACGUCUCUCUAAUUCGUGAUUCUAGCUCAAUCAGUGAAGAAGAAGAAAGUUGGCUAUCAAAAAGAGAUGAUAUUACUUUUGAAAAUUUGAAAAAGUUCUUGAAAUAUAACACUGAGUUACCUGAAGAACUUCUUGAUGGUUUUGACGAACCAAUUAAAAUCGCAUUUGCCUUUUCAGGUGGUGGUUUAAGAUCUACAUUAACAAGUACUGGUCAAUUAGCUGCCUUUGAUAAUAGAACUACUGAUGCUUUUGAAAAUGGAUUGGGUGGGUUGUUGGAUGCCGUAACUUAUAUUGCUGGGAUUUCUGGUGCUAGUUGGCUAGUUACUUCUCUUUCAAUGUACAAUUGGACAAGUACUCAGCAUUUGAUUUUUGAACAAGAUGAACUUUGGGAUUUGUAUAAUUCGAUUUUAAAUUUCAGCAUUUUAGAUUUAAAUUCAACUUCAACUUUACUUUCCUUAUACUCUGUCUUUAAUGAAGUCAAUUCUGAUCUUAGUGCCAAAAAAGACGCCGGUUUUGAUAUCACUUUAACUGAUGCUUGGGGCAGAUUACUCUCAAGGAUAUUUUUGAGCAAUUACACAGAUUACGCUGAUUCCCUAACUUGGUCUACUUUAAGAGAAUUUGAUGUUUUCAAAAACGCUGAAAUGCCAUUCCCAAUUAUUAUCGCCAAUGGUAGAAUGCCUGACACAAAAAUUAUCAAUUUAAACUCAACAGUCUUUGAAGUUAAUCCUUUUGAAAUUGGUUCUUGGGAUUCAAGUCUUCAAUCAUUUGCUGAUAUCAAAUACUUGGGCUCAAACCUAACAAAUGGUUAUCCAAACAAUAAUGAAUCGUGUAUUUCUGGUUUUGAUAACACAGGUUUCUUGAUUGGAACUUCGUCAUCUUUAUUCAAUUUCUUUAACGUUACCCAAUUAUUUUCCACUUUGAAUCUAGGUCCAACUAUUUCAACUGUUUUCAAUGAUUUCUUAAGUAAUUUAGGUGAAGCUGAUGGCAUAAAUAAUGACAUUGCUAUUUAUGGUCCAAAUCCAUUCUAUGGGUCUUCUUAUGGUACAAGUAAAUCACUAUCCGAAUCAGACUCUCUUUAUUUAGUUGAUGGUGGGUUAGAUAAUCAAAAUAUUCCUUUUGCUCCAUUUAUUCAACCCGAAAGAAAUGUCGAUGUAAUUUUUGGUUUUGAUAACAGUGCUAAUACUGAAGAUAAUUGGCCAAAUGGUACUUCUCUAAUUAGAACUUAUCAAAGACAAUUUGGUUCUCAAGCCAAUGCAACUGUUUUCCCCUAUGUUCCAGAUGCUGAAACAUUUUUAAAAGAAAACUUAACAACUAGUCCAAUUUUCUUUGGUUGUGAUUCCUCAAACUUUACCAAUUCAAGCAAUAUUCCUCCUUUAAUUGUUUAUCUUGCAAACCAUAGAAAUAGUUAUGAUUCUAAUAAGCCAACUUUAUUGACUUAUUAUACUAGAGAGGAAAAACUUUCAAUGGUUAAAAAUGGAUUUGAAAUCUCAACCAACGGAAAUGAUACUGACCACUGGCCAACUUGUGUUGGGUGUGCUAUAUUGAAACGAUCCUUUGAUAGAAAUAAUGAUGCUUUGCCCGAUGUUUGUGAAGAAUGUUUUGAAAAUUAUUGUUAUAAUUAUGAAGUCAAAUCUACUUUAACAAAUGAUACAAACUCUAGUUCAAGUCCAAGUUCAAGUUUAGAUUCAAAAUCAAGUUCAGAUACUGGUUUGGCCUCAGGUGCUAAAAAGAAUUACGAUUUAACAACAUUUGGUCAAAUCUUAGCUUUUUUCAUUGUUGCAUUGUGCAUAUAGAACUUACAUUAAUACCCAGAAUAUGUUCAAUUUGUUCAUUUCUAGCUUUCGUUUGUUCGUUCUCAUAAAUGUUCAUAAAGUUUCAUAAAUUUCAAUAUAUAGAUGUGUAA